AUGGCGACUGCAGUGGCGCAUGGCUUUGUACCGGCCUCUUAUUCUGCUUCAUCAUCGUCGGGGGAUGGGACUACGUCUGCUACAGUCGCAAGGUUCGCUCACAAGACCGCACCGCGGCCGCACGAGGUCGUCUUUGCGGUUGCUGCGGCGUCGCCGGUCUCGGACUCGGGUGCCGGUGGCGAAGCCUGCUCGUCGUCGGCGUCGCCCACGCACGGAGCCUCGGCGAAGCAGCAGUGCCACGAGCUACUCUCGCAGCUGCCGAAGCGCCAGCAGUUGGCUGCGGUUGCGCUGCUGCGGCGGCGUCCCGGCUUUGGCUCAUCGCAGAUCGGCGGCGAGCAGUCGUCGUCCGGCUCUGCCGAGGACGAGUCGCUGCUGAGGCGGACCGCGAGCGCACCUUCUGCACUCGUCAAGCGCGUCGAUGUCUCGAGCGAGCUGGACCUCAUUCCGGUUCCGGCGUCGCUUCCGCAUGUGCUGGAGCAAACUCUGCCUCCUGGCUCGGGUAAGCGAUCGCCGCGAGCGGCGAGCACCAAGGCGGCGGCAACUGAUGUCGUCGCCAUGGACAUGUCACAUGCGCCUGCACCCCAGCGCCGCACUGCGUCGCCCUUGCAUGUCUCGCCGCCGCCGGAGCGGAUCUCGGGCUUGACAAUCUCGACGUCGUCGUCGGGCUCCGACUCGGAAUCGGGGGUAGGAGCUGUGACCACGCUCUCGCGUCCUUCGCCGACACUGCGCAAGCGCAAGUCUCGUCGGUCACCAAAUGGCGGCGAGAAGCGGCGCAAAACCAGUCACCCAGCUCCCGCACCAUUGGUGGCUGCGGUUCUCCCAGCCGCACUCUCGAUCUCGGGUGCGGACCCGUUCCGGCCGUGGCGGCCAGUGCCGGCUACGUUGCUAGCGGCGCCACUGCGGGCGCCGCUUGCAGUGCUCCGCCAGCUUGCGCGGGCUGACGUAGUUGCGCUCUUCCAUAGCUCGCCGCCGUCAUCGCGCGCGGUCCAAAUUGGGCUUGUGCUACACCUUCGCGAUGUGGUGUUGCCGUCGCUCGGUGCGGCUCUCGGGCGGCUGCCGGUGCCGUCGCGGCUGGCGGCAGUCCAGCAUCUGCUUGACACGGUGCCGCUGCCUGUCCACUGGCCAACGCCUGUCUCGCUCCCGCACGUUGCGGCCAUAUUGGUGUGGGGCACCGCGAUUGAGACACUGGCGGGCGACGUGACGUUUGUGAUGGACACUGCACUACCGGCGAUUCUUGUCCCGCUUCGUGCGGCGCUGCCGUCGGGCAUGCCGAUUCUCCAGCAUCCGCUGUCCGGGCUUGCAGCAGCGGCGUUUGCAGCGUCGCCAGCGCCGCUUGAUGCGGUGACCGGCCCUCAUAGCGGGCCGCUGCUGUCGUCGCUCGAGCUGCUUGGGUGGAUCCAGCCUCUGCUGCCAAAGCUGGUGCAUCCGUGGCGGCUGCUUGUUCCGCACAUCGCGAACCGGUUGGACUCGCUCGGGCCGCGCGCGCUUGACGAGAUGCUGGCGUGGGUCGAAGCGCUGGUGGCGCCGGUGGGGAAGUGGGACCCGCCGCCGUCAGACUUUCUCACCUCGGUGUGGGAGGCCUUUCGGGCUGCACCGAGCUCGGCGUGGCUCACCCUCGGCCCGCCGACGCUUUCGGUGUGCGUGGCCGGUAGCGGGUUGUCGAUUGCGGGCGAGGCGCGCGAGGCGCCUAUCGGACGACUCCUCCAUCUGAUGGCGUGCGCGCUGUCGUCGCCGUUUGCAGCAGACACCCACCCGCGGCACGAGCUCUCCGAGUGGGACGCCAAACGCCUUGCAUCGACGAUCAUUGUCGGGCUCGAUGCCAACCUCGAGCUGGCGACCGGUCUGGACCAGGCGAUGGCGGCGGCUCAGCUGUCGCUGGCUGUGGUGCUGGCAUCGGCGGUGCCGUGCGAGACGGUCAACUCGAUCCUUUCGCGAGUCUCGGCGCUCAUCUCGCCGGCAUCGGCAUCCAACUCGGCGCACGGGCUCGCGCUCUCAGCGCUGGUUGUUUUUGGACGGGUGCUGCAGAGCCGGGGCAUGCGGCUCGAGCCGGUCAUGCCUGCCAUUGCCGACCGGUUGGAGGCAGUGAUUGGCGCUGGAGCGCCAGUUCCAAUAGUCACGGGCUACUUGCAGGCAGCUGCGAGUCUGAUCGACACCGCGGCGCGCCGUGAUCCAGUCACGCUCCUUGGAGAGCACCUGCUCAUGUCGCCGCAUAUUGUCGGCUUGCUCGCGCCGUCGGCGCCGGCGGACCUUUGGGUUCCGGCCAUCACGUUCCUCAUUCACAUGGUGAGUCUUGUGCCGCCGCCGCUCCCGCGACCGCCGGCCUCGCAUGAUGUUGGGCGUGAUGGCGGCGGUAGCGAGGUCGAAGCGGGCAGCCAGUGUCCGGCGGACAAUGAGAGCCAGGAUUUGUUUCCCGAGUCACAGAUGUCGUCGGCGUCGGCGUCGGCGUCACUCUCGUUUGACAUGGGGGACUUUGAUGAUGUUGAUGCACUGGUCAACGCGCACGUGGCAGAGCAAGAGUCAGCGUCGACUGCGACGGCGCUGCUGGACCAGGCGGAGGUGACCCUGCUGCGGAUCUCCGCGCGCGAUCUGCUCAUGGCAGUGUAUGCAGAGUUGUGCGCCAAGUCGACGGUGGCGCACGUUCACUCGGUGCAGUCGUUUCUGGUGGCAACGGCGGCGCUACGGGCGGUGACCCGUCUGAUGGGCGUGCUCUCAGAAGCCGUGUCCCGCGACGGGCGGUCGGCGGUGAGUGCGGUCGUGAGUUCUCUUGGCACCCAGUCACCUUGGCUGGUCCGAGAUGGCGACGCGCUGGCGCGACUUGUCCCGGUAGGGUUCUGGACCGCGUUCCUCCACCACGGGGCACGGACGCCUGCUUCACUGGUCAGCCCGAUAGCGACGGAACUCAUACACGCGCUGCUUCUUGCGGCUGUCGAUCCGUUUGCGGUCGACUUGCCGCGGCUGUUUCACACGCUCGCGUCACUGCCAUCGACCGCAGCGUUGAUGGGCGGCCGUGCAAAGGCUGCUGAGCUCUGGGCCAAGUUCUCCUUUGCCGGCGCCGGUGAGCUGGAGCAUGCAGACGAGGACGCUGUCGUGGCCAUCGAUCCCGCGACGGUGGUCCUGCCAUGGCAGGCCGAGCCUGCUGCGUGGACAUUGCCGCGGCUGCAGCUUGUGAAGGCCGUGGUGAGCAGCGUAGUGGCGGGAGCCAGCUCGCCGGGUGAGUGCCUCGCGAUGGUGCCCGAUGUUUGCGCGCGGGCGUUGAGCGAGCUCUGCAGCCGCGGGACGACACCCGGGCCCGUGGCUCGGGCGUACGAGGGUUUUGCGCUGGAGGUGAUGGCGAUGCUGGCGGAGCAAGCGCCACUGGCGCUUGCGGACGGUGAGUUGUGGCACAAGACCCCGUUGUACGUCCUCCUCCACCGGUUUGUCAUUGUGGGCUCUGGACUCGAGAUCUCGAGCGGGCGUGGCAAGCUGAUGGCGGCGGUGAUGGGUGGGAUUGGCAAGCUGAUUGGCGCUGGCGCGGCGCAUGCGAGCCGAGCGCUGCACGAGUGGACGGCGCGGCAGUUUGAUGUGCUGCCGUCAGAACGGGCGGCGGCCCAGGCCGACAGCUACUUGCUCCCGGCCGUGGCUGCGGCGAGUGCGAGAGGCGGGUCCGAGCUGGACACGUUCAACAACGCGCUAGUCGACUUUGUAGUGGGCAGGCACUGGAGCGGGCGGAACGUGUCGACGUCGCGGAUGCGACGGCUGCAACUAUGGAUGGCCGAAGUGAUUGUCGCCAAUCCGCGGACAGCACCUGGGUUUGUGGCGUCAUGUGCGGCGCGGGUAGUAGGCCCGCUGCUGGCCGGGGCGCGGCAUCGGCCGUGCGCCUCGCUCUAUGUCCGCGUCCUGCCGGCGACGCUGGCGGUGGUCAAGGCAAUGAUCAAGACGCUGAGCGGGCCGACACUGUCAGUCCUCACACCUGUGCUCGCAGCGGCAGCCGAGGUGGUGAGCCGGGUGCUGUUUGAUGUCGGCGACAAGACGCUGGACCAGGUCCUGGCCGUCCUGCACACCACGGUGACCGACGAGAUCCUGGGCGACAUGGCGGCGCUAGAGGCAGAGUCGCUGGCGUCGCUGCCGCAGCGCGAGGGCGUGGAUCCUGCAGGCGGACGUGGCCCGGUCCGCCCGGUCAUGCUGCUGCGAAGUGAGCGCGGACAUGCGGCGGCCGCCGCGCCGUCAUUCCUCACGCGCGCCACGUCGCUGGUGGCCGAAGCGCUCGGGGUGAUUGUGGCGUGGCGCAAAGUAUCGUCGCGUUAUCGGCCGUGCAAGCAAUGGCUCUCUGUAGCCGUCAAAACCGCGGACGCGCUCUUUGCGCCGUCGUCGCGGCCAGGCGCGCAUCCCGUCCUUGCCGCUGCCCGCCUCGAAUGGCAGGCUGUUCGGGCUGCUCUAAGUAUGGAUGCCAUGGAGAUAGCGGUGGCGACGGCGCAGCCGCUGGUGCCGCUGUCGCUGGAGGCGGUGAAUGGUGCCGAGGUGGGGAGCGGCGGGAGCGAGGAGACGAUGGCGGCGCUGCAGACGACGACAAUUCUGGCGGCGCUGGCGCAGCGGACGGCAGCAGCGAGUGCGGUGCGACUGGUGGGGGCGCGUGGUAUGAGCAUGGCGGCGCUGGCGGAAGAGAGCAAGGGAGCAAUGGCUGUGGCGGCGGCGCUGGACGAGGUGCGGGCGCAGGUGGCGCGGGCGCAUCUGCCGGUGGCCUCGGGCGACGGAUGCGGCGGGUGGUGCCUGGUCCACGGCGACGGAGUGAGUGCAGGUGGCGUGAAAGAGCAGCCGCUGUUCCAUCUGCUGGCUGAGGGAUACGGCUGGGACUGUCGUGAGGCGUCGAUGUUUGCGGCGGUGAUGGUGCUCUCGAUGACGUCGGCGGUGGAGGAGCUCGGCUUCCGGGCGCCGGCGUUCUACGGCGAUCACUCGGGCGGGUAUGUGCUCCAGGCCGAGGCUGCGAUGCGGCUAGCGGGCGCGAGUCCACGGGCACUUGCGACUUUCCUCGAUCCGGGGCGGGCGCACAUGAAGGAUGGGCUCAUCCAGGUCGAUGCGUCGCGGCUGCCAUCGUCGACGCUCUGGGUCUCGUCAGAGUUCCUGCUCGCGCUCCAUGGAGUGACGCUCGGGACCGACGCCUCGCUCAAGCUGGCAUCGACCAAACUCGGCGAGCUGACCGGGCACGAUGCGCUGACACGUAAUCCGGGACGGGCGAUGGGUGGUGUGUCCAGCGGCGCCGAUGACGACGAGACCGCGCUGCUUGCCGAGCUUGACGGACUCAGUGACGACGGGUUUGAUCCGGACGCGCUGGUGGCGCAGGCGCUGGCGGAUGCUGGAGUUACGAUGUCGAGCCCUGGCGCGAGGGGCGCGGGAGGCGAGGGUGACGACGGCGGUCUUGCGGCGUACACGACGGAUCUCGAGUAUCUUGUGGACGAGUUCGAAGUGGUGUACCUGCGGAUGCAGGCGUGUGACAACGCGCGGCAGGUGCGGUCUGCGGACGACGUCAACGAGAUGCGGAUGUUCCAGCGCGGGGCGACGAGCUCGCUGGCGGCGAGGACGCGUGAGCUGGAGACCAAGUUACAGGUUGCGGAGCAGAAGAUUCAGGUUCGGGCGGCUGCGGCUGAGGCGGCGGGCUUUGUGCCACGGCUGGAGGUGCUUGCGCGGUCGUCGGGGCUCUCUGCCUUUGAGAAGUUUGUGCUUGUGGCGUGCGCGGCGUUCCACACAUACGAGCCGAUCCGAGAGCGGAGCGCAAGCAUCCGGUCGUCGCGGAUGAUGCUGAUGGGAGGAGCGUUCCAGGUCUCGACGCUGCUCUCGCUCUAUUGCUCGACGCUGGAGGAGCAGGUCGGCCAGCGGUCUGCGUUUCUCAAGAACGCGCCGCUGCGCGCGGACGGCUACAUCAACGUGGUGUCUACACGCGGCGCGUCUGACCUUGUGGACUGCGAGGUCUCGAUCGACCGGCGCGUGUUGGACCACAUCAUCGGGCUGGCGACGCCGUUGUCAGAGGUUGUGGAGGGCACGCACCUGUACACGCCCAAGGUCACGUUUGACGACGUGGUCCUUCCGGUCAAGACGCGCAAGGCGCUGAUGGACACGCUCGGUUCGUACGAGCAACUCUGUGCGCUCAAGGCCUCGUUGGGGCUGGAGGAGCUUGUGACGUAUGGGAGCGGCAUGGUGCUCCUGUUCCAUGGACAGAGCGGGACGGGCAAGACGCUGACGGCCAACUGUGUGGCGGCGCACCUGAAGCGCAAGGUGCUGCUCGUCAAUUUUGCGUCGCUGGCGGAGACGACGGCGAGCGUGGGCUCGGCGUCAGAUGCGGUGAAGCAGGUCUUUGCGGAAGCCAAGAUGCAUGACGCCAUCGUGCUGUUUGACGAGUGUGAGUCGCUGUUUAUGACGCGGGCGCGCGGCAAGAACGCCAACUUGCCCGCGCUCCUCACACUCAUGGAGUCGUUCGAGGGCGUGUCGAUUCUGGCGACCAACAUGGUGAACGAGCUCGACGAGGCCACGUUUCGGCGAGUCCAGCUCUCAAUCUCGUUCUCGCUCCCGGACCACGUCCUGCGUGCGGCGAUCUGGCGGCGGCACGUGCCGGAAGGCAUGACUCUCGCCAACGAUGUUGACGUCGACGCGCUGGCGCUCAAGUUUGAGCUCCCAGGUGGGUUCAUCAAGAACGCGAUUGUGGGUGCGCUAUCGAAUGCGCUGGCGCGGGCACGGGCCGAGGGUGGCAGCGACGGAAACGGCGAGCUUGUGCUGACGGCGGCGGACUUUGAGGCUGGGGCGCAGGCACAGCUCGAGUCGAUGCUACGGCAGAACGCGUUUGAGCGGCGGGUGCUGCCCAAAGCAGGGCUCGACUCGCUGGUACUUCCGGAGGCGACGAGUGCGGUGAUGGGCGAGAUUGUUGCGGCGCAAAAGGCGGGGCGCAUUCUGACGACGCAGUGGGGCUUUGAGGCGGCGACGGCGACGGUUGCGCUGUUCCACGGCCCGCCGGGAACGGGCAAGACGAUGGCUGCCGCGGCAAUCGGGUACGAGACCGGGCGGGCGCUGCGGGUGGUCAACUGUGCUGAGCUGGUGUCCAAGUACGUUGGCGAGACGGCAAAGAACAUCGAAAAGGUGUUUUCCGACGCAGCUAGUGCGUCGACGAUCCUGGUCUUUGACGAGGCCGAGGGUCUGUUUGCGGCGCGAACGGCCGGGGCGAGCGCGACAGACCGGUACGCCAACGUUGACACGGGCCUGCUGCUUUACCACCUUGAGAAGUUUGACGGGAUGGCCAUCCUCACCUCGAACAACAUCGAGGCACUCGAUCCUGCGUUCCUGCGGCGGAUCCGGUAUGUGGUCAAGUUUGAGCUGCCGUCGGCGAGCCUGCGUGCGCAGUUGUGGCGGAGCUCGCUGCCAGAGACGGCGCCGCUGGCGGCCGAUGUCGACUUUGCCGCGCUUGGCGCCAAGUAUGAGCUUGCCGGAGGCGACAUCCGCAACGCAGCGUGGCGCGCAGCGUGCACGGCAGCCGGAAGUGGGGCGGGCGCCAUCAGCAUGGCUCAUCUCGACGACGCCGGCGAGCGCGUGUCUGCCGUGGGCGAAUCGAGUGUCCCCGAGUACAUGUACAUGUAGCGCAUAAAUAGUUGAUGGCAAC